CUAUGAGUGAACAGCUCUCACUUUUAGAUGAUCGCUGUCUAUCCACAUCUUCGAAGUCCAGUGUCAUGUUUGUUUUACCAGUUCGUCUUCAAGCGCUAUAUCGAAGAUGACAUAUUCACGGACAAUGAAUUGGACUGCAUUCGGAGAGAAAUCGUUUCUGCCAUCGAUCGCUUCGAGCAGCUAAGUCCUAAUUACGGCGGGCUUGGUUCAAGUUCUGCAUCACAGGCUGAAGUUGUAUCAAAACCUUGGAACACGCUCUUCUAUAGUUUUAUCUUCAAUACAGUCCCAAAAGAUCAUGAUCUCUCCUCUGAAGAAAUCAAGAUUAUUCACAGUGGAUUGCUGGAGUUGGUCGAAAGGUACAGUACAAUAAAAGCUUAUCGUGAAUGUCAGGACGCCUUGUCUGGUGAAGAAGAGCCAGAGCCAUGCAGUUCCUCAAGUGGAUUUGACGAGUCUUCUGAUAAUCAUAAUGAUACUGACGCAGAGCUUGCAGAAAUUCAGACUAAAGCUGAGGCAGACAAGGCCUCAGUAAACGGAAGCGCAACCUCAUCAAGCUCUUUAUUGCCGAAGCAAUCACUGGGAGAUGAAUUCCGCGCACUCACUGGAAAGGGAACCCCUUCCAGCUGUACACUGACACUUACUGAGAAGGUUGCCUCUCCUCUUCACUCCCCUAAGGAACUGGGUGUUGAAGAAGACGAUAGCACAAAAUGUAGUUUAUCUACAAUUCCACGGCCUUCUCUAAGAGAAUCUCCUUAUGACUUGAAGAAAGCGCCGGCCAUGCAGCACAGGCCUCGUCGUCAAUUGACAGAGUUUGCGUCUCCAUACACCGGAAUCGAGGUAAUGUUGUCUGCUACACGAACACAACGUUGCGAUGGAAAAGGGCUGAAUCGCCCGCUUGGCGUGACGUACGAUGAAGAGUGUAAGCAGUGGAUUGUUGCUGAUACAGAGAAUAACCGAAUUGUUUUGGUACCAAGAGGAAUCACUAUGACAUCACCACAGCUUAAUGCUCCAUGUGCAGUUGCUGUUCUGCAACCUGGAAUUUCUUUUGCUGUGCUUGCCAUACGCGACAUACAAAUCAUGUACUAUGGGAAAUCAGAAAGCGAUCGUGUUAUCGUUCACUCUGGAAAUGCAAGAGGUCUUGCUGUCACGUCGAAUGGUAAUCUGGUAACCAUGGAAAAGAUCAGAGGUUUUUGGCAAGUGUCUGUUUACGAAGGCAAACCUAAUGCGAGGUCAGUGUGGUCUUGCCCGUAUCCAGGGAUACAAAAUGCGCUGCCAUCGUUCCUUGAUCUUUAUCGCAGAACUCUCGUUGUUACCGAUCUUGGUACGCAAUCGAUUGUAAAGUUCUCAGACGAUGAUGGAACGGAUAAAUUUCGCCACAAACGAAGCAUCACGUUAGCACCGGAUCCGAAAAAUCCAAGGCAGCGUGGCACUGUGACUUACAUCAGUGGUGUAUAUAUUGACGAUGACAUGAACAUACUGGUAGCUGACGCAAAGGGACGAUCUUUGCAGGUGUUUAACAACAAUUGCAUCUUUUUAUAUAAUGUUAAACUGUCAGGUGGUGGCUUUCCCUAUAUAAGUGGAAUAUGGGUUAACAACAACGGACAAAUCGGCGUCUGUGCGCGAGGCAACAAAGAUGGGGGCUUGCAUGUGUAUAACAUGAGGGUGCCAGUCACCAAGUAAUUGGAUGAAUGGUUCGCGGAUAUUGACGUGUCCCCAUGUGCCUAAAGUUGCGAAGUGGGUCCUUUCCGUCUUGAAGCAUAGAUAACUUUUUUAAGGUGAAAACGAUUAUUAACACUUUAUUUUUGCCUAAACAAUCGUUUUAUAAGCA